CAAACUGACCGAACCACAAGUACACAGAGACAAACAAGAAGAAAGAAUCACAAAUAGCCGACUUCUUGAGCACUCUCAAAUACACACACACACACACGCACAUAUAUAUCUAUAUAUCUGUGUGUGUAUAGACACACGUAAACAACAUUUAUAUAUCUCUCUGUUUGUGUGUGUGAAAUGUGUUCGCUUGUGUAAUGGUUUUGUACAUUAGUUUUGAUAGGAAGGAGAGAGAGAGAUUUAGAGAGAGAAAGAGAGAGAUGCAGCAGAAGCGCUGCAGGUGGAGGACGCUGGGACUACUGAGGAAGUCGCUAACCUGCGCCGUAUGUUCAAUAGCACUGGUGGCUCUUUUCUCAGUCCACGUACGCAUUUUUCCUUCCUCCAGAGUCCCCACCAUGUUACAUGACCCUCACAUGUUCUCUACGCAACAUGAAAUUGAAUACCAGAAAUUGAGUAGGGAGCAAAUCUUCACACAAGCAUUCACUCCUCCCUCUUCUGGCAAGUUUGUUGGUGCAAGUGGGAUUUCGGAUACUGACAAGUUAUGGAAGCCUCCGCCAAAUCGUGACUAUGUGCACUGUGUUGAGCCAAGUUCAUCCUACACAUCUCCUGAAGAGUCUCAAGGAUACCUGCUUGUUAAUACAAAUGGCGGGCUCAACCAGAUGCGAGCUGGGAUAUGUGACAUGGUAGCUGUAGCCCGUAUUAUCAAUGCUACCCUUGUAAUUCCAGAACUUGAUAAACGCUCAUUUUGGCAAGACACUAGCAAUUUUUCUGAUGUUUUUGAUCAAGAUCAUUUUAUCAAUUCCUUGGCUAAUGAUGUAAAAGUCAUUAAAAAAAUUCCCAAGGAAUUGUCAACUGCUACCAGGGCAGUUAAGCACUUCAGAAGUUGGUCUGGUAUAGAUUACUACCAGGAUGAGAUAACAAGCCUGUGGGAAGAUUAUAAGGUUAUUCGAGCUGCUAAGUCGGAUUCACGACUAGCAAAUAAUAAUCUUCCUCCAGACAUUCAGAAGCUGCGCUGCCGUGCUUGUUAUGAAGCCCUUCGUUUUUCACCCCGAAUUAGAGCAAUGGGAAAAUUGCUGGUGGAUCGCAUGAGAACAAAUGGUCCCUACAUUGCUUUGCAUUUGCGAUAUGAGAAGGAUAUGCUUGCCUUUAGUGGAUGCACACAUGAUUUAUCCCCAGAUGAAGCUGAUGAAUUAAGGACAAUCAGAGAAAACACUGCGUAUUGGAAAGUAAAGGAUAUCAAUUCCACCUUACAGAGAGCCAAUGGGUUUUGUCCCUUAACUCCGAAGGAGGUUGGACUGUUCCUUACUGCUCUUGGAUUUCCAUUGAACACACCCGUAUACAUUGCUGCUGGAGAGAUAUAUGGAGGUGAUACUCAUAUGGCUGACCUGCGAUCCCGCUAUCCAAUUUUAAUGAACAAGGAGAAAUUGGCAUCGGUUGAGGAGCUUGAACCUUUCAUUAAUCAUUCAACUCAAAUGGCUGCACUGGACUAUAUUGUAUCAGUUGAGAGCGACAUAUUUAUUCCAUCUUACUCGGGAAACAUGGCAAGGGCUGUUGAAGGUCAUCGUCGUUUUCUGGGACACAGGAAAACUAUCUCUCCUGACAGGAAAGCCCUUGUUCAUCUUUUUGACAAAGUUGAGCUGGGAAUAAUGAAAGAAGGCAGAAAUUUGUCAAAUCGAAUAAUUGAAAUCCAUAAAAGACGGCAAGGGUCUCCCAGGAAGAGAAAAGGCCCUAUUUCAGGGACAAGGGGCAUGGAUAGAUUCCGUUCAGAAGAGGCAUUCUAUGUGAACCCUUUACCAGAUUGCUUAUGCCGGAUGAACACCUCUCUAGUUAUUAGGUAGAUGAGAAUCGAGAGGAUUCCUUUGAAGAAACAUCUCCCAUUGGUGGGUUGGUGGCACGUUCGAUUUAUAUUAUCUAAUGAAAGCUUGAGAAGCUGGUUUUGCCAUCAUACAAGUUAUAGGGGUCGCAGAGUGUGUAUAUUGAGGCUACAUCACUAGGGCAAUAUAUACGUGUAGAUGAAAAAGGAAGGAUCGCGGUGACAUUUGUGACUCUGAGACAUGCCUUCUCUUUCUAUUAUGAAGGCUCAUUCAUUUAGACUGGGAAAUGGUUCCAAGUCUUAGUAGAAUAGGAGAAAGGGGAUUCUUGGGGAUACAAUACUGGGAUUAGUGCCAAUGUUGCAAUAACAUGGUUUUUUUUGAUGUAUCUACUUCAAUCGGGGGACACUCAAUGCAAUAAAAGAAGAGAGAAUUGAUCGAA